GGAAGGGGCGGGCUACGUCGUCCUGCGUCCGGCCCGCGGCGCGCGCCCGCUGCAAUGGUGCGGGUGCGCGGGCUUCGUGGUUACAGCGUGUUCUUCAGCUCCGGGUUGAAGCCGGAGCCGGAGCCGGAUUCCGCGCCGAGAGCCACGUCAACCUAAACCUACACCGCCCUCCCCACCCUGUUCGGCCCGCAGGUCCUUAGGCGAAUCCUCCCAAGCAGCGGCCUCCACGCCUUUCCCACAAUGCACCGCGCCAGUCCCCGCCCCGCCUCGCCUAGGAGACCGCCGCGCGACGAGCAGACCGGAGCCGGCCGCGCUGGUAGCUGCCGGUGUGGCUGGUCCAACCCCAUCACAGGCGCGGCGGCCCAGCGGUCAGAGUACGUGCUUCCCUCCGGAACGCAUAGGUUGUGUUUGGCGGUGUGGGGUCCAACCCCGGGGAUUGAGGAUGGGGAAGUAGCUGCAGGAGACGACCCCGCAACACCGAGGUUUUUUUGGUGACGUGAGAAGGAAGGAUUAGAAAUGAAUCGAAAACCGUUCACAGAUUAAAAUUUGGGGAGACAAUUUAUGAUGCCUGUUUCACUUUUGGAGUAAUGUGGACAGAAGUUCUCAAAUUCGCAUAUUACAUCAACUGGAACCAGUGGCAUUAUCUUAAUGUUUAUUUAAAUCAGAACUUGUACAAGAAAAACAAUGGGAGUCUGGUUAAAUAAAGAUGACUAUGUCAGAGACUUGAAAAGGGUCAUGCUGUUUUUUCUAAUAAUGUAUAUGGCCAUUUUAGUGGGUACAGAUCAGGAUUUUUACAGUUUACUUGGAGUAUCCAAAACUGCAAGCAGUAGAGAAAUAAGACAAGCUUUCAAGAAAUUGGCAUUGAAGCUACAUCCUGAUAAAAACCCGAAUAACCCAAAUGCACAUAGUGAUUUUUUGAAAAUAAAUAGAGCAUAUGAAGUACUCAAAGAUGAAGAUCUGCGGAAAAAAUACGACAAAUAUGGAGAAAAGGGACUUGCAGAUAAUCAAGGAGGCCAGUAUGAAAGCUGGAAUUACUACCGUUAUGAUUUUGGUAUUUAUGAUGAUGAUCCUGAAAUCAUAACAUUGGAUAGAAGAGAAUUUGAUGCCGCUGUUAAUUCUGGAGAACUGUGGUUUGUGAACUUUUACUCCCCAGGGUGUUCACACUGCCAUGAUUUAGCUCCCACAUGGAGAGACUUUGCAAAAGAAGUAGAUGGAUUGCUUCGAAUUGGAGCAGUUAACUGUGGUGAUGAUAGAAUGCUUUGCCGAAUGAAAGGAGUCAACAGUUAUCCCAGCCUUUUCAUUUUUAGGUCUGGAAUGGCUGCAGUGAAAUACCAUGGUGACAGAUCAAAGCAAAGUUUAAUGAAUUUCGCCAUGCAGCAUGUUAGAAGCACAGUGACAGAAUUAUGGACAGGAAAUUUUGUUAACUCCAUACAAACUGCAUUUGCUGCUGGUAUUGGCUGGCUGAUCACUUUUUGUUCCGAAGGAAGCGAUUGUUUGACCUCACAGACACGUCUCAGGUUAAGUGGUAUGUUGGAUGGUCUUGUUAAUGUGGGAUGGGUGGACUGUGCCACCCAGGACAACCUUUGUAAAAGUUUGGAUAUUACAACAAGUACGACUGCCUAUUUUCCUCCUGGAGCCACUUUAAAUAACAAAGAGAAAAGCGGUAUUUUGUUUCUUAAUUCAUUGGAUGCUAAAGAAAUUUAUUUGGAAAUAAUGCAUAAUCUUCCAGAUUUUGAACUCCUUUCUGCAAAUUCACUACAGGAUCGUUUAGCUCAUCAUCGGUGGCUCUUAUUUUUUCAAUUUGGACAAAAUGAAAAUUCAAAUGAUCCUGAGUUGAAGAAACUAAAAACUCUACUUAAAAAUGAACAUAUUCAAAUUGGCAAGUUUGACUGUUCCUCUGCACCAGAUGUCUGUAGUAACUUCUAUGUUUUUCAGCCAUGUCUAGCAGUAUUUAAAGGACAGGGAACCAAAGAAUUUGAAAUUCAUCAUGGAAAGAAGAUUCUGUAUGACAUACUUGCCUUUGCCAAGGAAAGUGUCAAUUCUCAUGUUACCACACUUGGACCUCAAAAUUUUCCUGCCAAUGAAAAAGAACCAUGGCUAGUUGAUUUUUUUGCCCCUUGGUGUCCACCAUGUCGAGCUUUAUUGCCAGAGCUGCGAAAAGCAUCAAAGCAUCUUUAUGGUCAGCUUAAGUUUGGUACAUUAGACUGUACAGUUCAUGAAGGACUCUGUAACAUGUAUAACAUUCAGGCUUAUCCAACAACAGUGGUAUUCAACCAGUCCAACAUUCAUGAAUAUGAAGGACAUCACUCUGCUGAACAGAUCUUGGAGUUCGUAGAGGAUCUUAUGAAUCCUUCAGUGAUCUCUUUGACACCUACUACUUUCAACGAACUGGUUAAACAAAGAAAGCAUGAUGAAGUCUGGAUGGUUGAUUUCUAUUCUCCAUGGUGUCAUCCAUGUCAAGUCUUAAUGCCAGAAUGGAAAAGAAUGGCCCGGACAUUAAUUGGACUGAUCAAUGUGGGCAGUAUAGACUGCCAACAGUAUCAUUCUUUUUGUGCCCAAGAAAAUGUUCGGAGAUACCCUGAGAUAAGAUUUUUUCCCCAAAAAUCAAAUAAAGCUUAUGAAUAUCAUAGUUACAAUGGUUGGAAUAGAGAUGCUUAUUCCCUAAGAAUCUGGGGUCUAGGAUUUUUACCUCAAGCAUCUAUAGAUCUAACACCUCAGACUUUCAAUGAAAAGGUUUUACAAGGGAAAAACCACUGGGUGGUUGAUUUCUAUGCUCCUUGGUGUGGACCUUGCCAGAACUUUGCUCCAGAGUUUGAGCUCUUGGCUAGGACACUUAAAGGAAAAGUAAAAGCUGGAAAAGUAGACUGUCAGGCUUAUGCUCAAACCUGCCAGAAGGCAGGUAUCAGAGCCUAUCCGACUGUGAGAUUGUAUCCUUACGAGAGGGCAAAGAGAAAUACUUGGGGAGAGCAAAUAGACUCCAGAGAUGCAAAAGAGAUUGCUACCUUAAUAUAUGAAAAAUUGGAAAAGCUCCAAAAUCAUGAAAAAAGAGAUAAGGAUGAACUUUAAUGACGUUGAAAAUGAAGAAAAAAUUGAAAAGAAAUCAACAGAUGACAUCAGAAGAUACCUUUUCAGAAAGUUACUUAUAUUCCUGAUGGGAAUAAAUGAACCUUAUCUUGGACUUAAAAUUGCACUGCCUGAAUCUGUACAACAUUGAUAUAAAUGAAAGGUCUGCAGACUUUUCUAUAAACGGCCAGAUCAUAAAUAUUUUAGGCUCUGUAGACCGUGUAUGGUUUUUUGUUACAUAUUCUCUGGUUUGGUUUUGGUUACAACCCCUUAAAAAAUGUAAAAACCAUUCUCGACUCAGGGCUGUGUACAAAUAGGCCACAAGCCACAUUCAGCCUGUGGGCCACAGAUUGCUGACUCCCAGAAAGGUGUUUAGGCUGGCUGGCCUAAGAGAUAAAAGUGUAUUUUAUCACUUAGCGUUUUGGAGCUGGCCUGUAAGGAGAACUUGGUUUUCAGUCACCUGUUCUAAAAAAUCUCUGAGAUUGAUGCUCUGACCAUGUAUUAUUUCAUUUAAAAAAACAUUCAAAAUGUGGGAAAACCAUCUUUCUAAGGGUUGAAGAAUUGGUUGUAAUUUUUCACAUAUGAGAAAAAAAUUUUCUAACAGUAAACAAAUCCUAUUGACUUAUACAGUAUUCAUAAAUAUCUGAGUGGGUGGAAUAUAUAUAGUAAUUAACUGGGCAUUGUAAACUAUCUCAAGUAUUUCUAUGUUUUAAAGAUAAGUGUUCAUUUAUUUUUUGAGCUGCUUUCAUAAUAGUUUUUCCCUGUGAUGGUAAUUGAUUUUUUGAAGCAUCUUUCUAAUAAUUCAUUUUUAGCUCCUGGGCUUUGAUGCGUGUCCUCCAUUUACAUUUGCCUUUUUUCCUUCAUAGUUGUGGUUUUUCAUUCUUCAAAACUUUAUUGGUCAAGAAGGAAAAAUUUUGUUUGUUUCACUAUAGCUCCUUAUGAUUCUGUGGUUAUUUCAAUUAUUUACUGUUGGAGGCUGCCAUUUUCAGGUAAAUAUUGGCAUAAUAACUGAAGUUAUUUCUGUAAGAAAAUCAAAUAUAAAAAUCUAAGAAUGGGA